AUGCCUCCCACGAAGCUCCCGGAAUCCGGCAACCCGUUGGUCUUUUUUGAUAUCACCCUUGGCGCUUCUUGGCUUGCCCUCCGCCUCCGCCGUCUUCCGUCUCCGACCCCCCUCCGGCGAUCAGGGUCCUCUCGCCCAUCCAUUCCAGGUACCGUUUCUGACCUCUUGAAACGAAAUACAGGUGAACCCUUGGGCCGCGUCACUUUCGAGCUCUUCAAAGAUGUCGUGCCCAAGACGGCCGAGAACUUUCGCCAGUUCUGCACCGGCGAGUCCAAGGACGCCCGUGGCCGUCCGCAGGGCUACAAGGGCUCCAAGUUCCACCGCAUAGUGAGUCGGCCACCUACCGCAAUCCCUUUCCACGAGCCCGGCCCUUUCUCCAGGGACAUGCCGCGACGGGAUAGAGAAUAUCACGAGACUGACGGUGACGCGUUGCAGAUCCAAGGCUUCAUGUGCCAAGGCGGAGACUUCCUAAACGGCGACGGCACGGGCUCCGUCUGCAUCUACGGGUCCUCCAAGUUCGAGGACGAGAACUUUAACUUGAAGCACGACCAGCCAGGCCUGCUUUCCAUGGCCAACGCCGGCCCCAACACCAACGGCUCCCAGUUCUUCAUCACCACCGUCCCGACACCCUUCCUUGACAACAAGCACGUCGUUUUCGGCAAGGUCGUCGACGGCAUGGACAUUGUCAAGAUGAUGGAGGCCACCAAGACGGGGUACCGCGGCAAGGACCAGCCGAACCAGGACGUCGUCAUCGCGCAGUGCGGUGAGAUGUGA